AUGGCCGCCCAAGUCUCGCGAGACUCUCGCGGUGACAUAUUACGAAAGUUUCGUUCUUGUAGCAUGUUAGCGGGUUGCUGAUAGAACUGAAACCAUUUACAGUGCACCCUCAAAUCGAAAGUUUGGAAGAUCUUUGGAUUUUACAAGAAGGAUGAAAAGUUGGAUAAAAGUCUGGCCGUUUGUAAAGUGUGUAAAGCAGUGAUUAAGUACCGUAUUUUCACGGCUAUAAGGCGCACAUAAAAGUCUUAGAUUUUCUUCAAAUUGUGCGGCGCGCCCUAUGGUGCAGUGCGUCCUGUGUGUUGUUGUUGUAAGGCGGACGUAGACCAGGUGGUUUUUUCCACGCAUCACCAUCGCUGUUGAUCUGUGACUCUAUGCGUGCCCAUCUCACAGCCGAUGUGAAAAAACAAGUGAAACAAAUGAACUCUGAGCUUGCUGUCAUUCCGGGAGGCCUGACAAAGGAACUCCAACCGCUGGACAUCGGUGUGAACCGGCCGUUCAAAGUAAGGCUGCGAGCGGCGUGGGAGCGAUGGAUGACUGAUGGGGACCACAGUUUCACUAAGAGUGGAAGGCAGCGCCGGGCGAGUUACGCCACAAUUUGCCAAUGGAUUGUAGAUGCUUGGGCUAACGUGUCUGCUGGCACUGUUGUUCGAGCUUUCGCAAAAGCCGGCAUCAUUUCCGAGGCGCCGCACGGCACGGAAAGUGACUCUGACAGUGAAGAAAGUGAACCUGGCAUGUUUGAUGGAGGUUUAGCGCAGCUGUUCAAUUCAGAAACAGAGGAUGAGGACUCCCAUGGGUUUGAUUAAUGACGAUUACCGGUAAAAAAAAAAAUGUAAAUACCAAACUCAGUUUUGCUCCCGCUCUAUUUUUAAAUACGCACACUUGUGUGCUUGUUUAAUCCGUGUGUUUUACCAUGCCCGCGACUAUUGAUGAUUAAAAAAAUGUUAGUACUCUGUAAUCAAUACUUAAAUAAAGCACAACCAAACUCAGUUUUGCUCCCGCUCUAUUUUUAAAUACGCACACUUGUAUGCUUGUGUGUGUGUGUUGUUGUAAGGCCGACGUAGUAGAGGACACCAUGAGAACGUUAAAGGGGGAAGUGUGGGCAUGGAUUGUAUAUAAAACCCUCGCCAUAUAAUCAGGUGCGCCUUAUGUGUGUGUUAAAUACAGUAAUGGCACACAUAACUGAGACUGCGCCUUUUGGUACAGUGCGCCUUUUGGUCGUGAAAAUACGGUACACCGGGAGCACCACUAAUCUUAGCACUCAUCUGUCGAGAUGGCACGGAGACAUCUACGCGGAUGACCAGGGAUCUGUGGACGCUACUGCUACCAAAGCUAGCAUGAGCAACAACUCAAAAGACAAAGACAGUGGAUUUAAAAACUUCUUCCAGCCCCAACUUAGCCACAACUCUGAGAGGUCCAAGGUAAUCAUGGCAUCAAUAGCCCGCUUCAUUGCCAAGGACUUAAGACCCUAUAGUGUCGUUGAAAAUGAUGGAUUUCGUGACAUGUUACACGCGCUAGAGCCGAGGUAUAAGAUACCAAGUAGGCAACAUUUCACCAACAAGUGCGUGCCAGAGUUGUAUGCUAAAGUUAAGAGCAAAGUUAAGGAACAACUGUCCACUGCAGAGGGGGUGGCAAUAACUACUGACUCUUGGACUUCAUGUGCUAUGGACUCAUUUGUGACCAUUACAGCUCACCACAUCACCCCUGGUUGGGAGUUAAGAGUGACGUCUUACAGACACGAGUAUUCAAUGAGUCCCAUACAGGUAAAAAUAUAGGUGUUUUGCUGAAAGAAGCCUGUGUGAACUGGGACAUUGCUGAUAAAGAACCAGUCCUGGUAACUGAUAAUGCUAGAAACAUGAUUCUAGCUGGUGUGGAAGCAGAGAUGGCCCCUCAUCUUCCCUGCUUUGCUCACACAUUAAAUCUGGCCUCCCAGAAAGGCCAGAUUCAUUGCCAAGGACUUAAGACCCUAUAGUGUCGUUGAAAAUGAUGGAUUUCGUGACAUGUUACACGCGCUAGAGCCGAGGUAUAAGAUACCAAGUAGGCAACAUUUCACCAACAAGUGCGUGCCAGAGUUGUAUGCUAAAGUUAAGAGCAAAGUUAAGGAACAACUGUCCACUGCAGAGGGGGUGGCAAUAACUACUGACUCUUGGACUUCAUGUGCUAUGGACUCAUUUGUGACCAUUACAGCUCACCACAUCACCCCUGGUUGGGAGUUAAGAGUGACGUCUUACAGACACGAGUAUUCAAUGAGUCCCAUACAGGUAAAAAUAUAGGUGUUUUGCUGAAAGAAGCCUGUGUGAACUGGGACAUUGCUGAUAAAGAACCAGUCCUGGUAACUGAUAAUGCUAGAAACAUGAUUCUAGCUGGUGUGGAAGCAGAGAUGGCCCCUCAUCUUCCCUGCUUUGCUCACACAUUAAAUCUGGCCUCCCAGAAAGGCCAGAUUCAUUGCCAAGGACUUAAGACCCUAUAGUGUCGUUGAAAAUGAUGGAUUUCGUGACAUGUUACACGCGCUAGAGCCGAGGUAUAAGAUACCAAGUAGGCAACAUUUCACCAACAAGUGCGUGCCAGAGUUGUAUGCUAAAGUUAAGAGCAAAGUUAAGGAACAACUGUCCACUGCAGAGGGGGUGGCAAUAACUACUGACUCUUGGACUUCAUGUGCUAUGGACUCAUUUGUGACCAUUACAGCUCACCACAUCACCCCUGGUUGGGAGUUAAGAGUGACGUCUUACAGACACGAGUAUUCAAUGAGUCCCAUACAGGUAAAAAUAUAGGUGUUUUGCUGAAAGAAGCCUGUGUGAACUGGGACAUUGCUGAUAAAGAACCAGUCCUGGUAACUGAUAAUGCUAGAAACAUGAUUCUAGCUGGUGUGGAAGCAGAGAUGGCCCCUCAUCUUCCCUGCUUUGCUCACACAUUAAAUCUGGCCUCCCAGAAAGCUUUUCAAGUGGAUACUGCUGCAAGGCUGCUUGGAAAGGUGAGGAAGGUGGUUGGAUUUUUGCACCGUAACAUAAGGGGAGCUGAAAUCCUAAGGGAGAAACAACAGCAACUGGCGUCACCAUCACACAAGCUCAUCCAUGAUGUGCCCACCCGUUGGAAUAGCUCAUUGGACAUGUUGGAGCGCUUUCUAGAGCAGCAACCUGCAGUCUUUGCCACACUUCUGUCAAGGGAGCUCAGAAAAGGGGAGGAGAUGAACACUCGUAAGGAGAAUGACAUCUGCAAUGCUGAAGACAUUGUCAAAGUGAUGUCUCCUUUCAAAGCUGUGACCACCAUCAUGUGCGAAGACGAACAACCCACCAUCUCAAUGACUGCCCCACUCAGAUCCAAACUUCUAAAGCACUUUGAGGCUUCUGAUGAAGACACAUCACUCAUGACAGAGAUGAAAAAGGCUUUUAAGAAUGACGCUGAGAAGCGGUACACACACCUCCAUGACCUCCUCUACACUGCAUCUGCUCUGGACCCUCGCUUCAAAACAUUGCCAUUCCUGAGUAAUCAUGAUGCCGAGAAGAUCUUCACAAAUAUGGCAGCGGAAGCAGCAGUCCUGUAUAACGAAGAAGCAGAGACGACCAACAAUCAGGGACAUCCAGUUCAGGCGGAUCCAGUGUGGACAAAUCCAGCUCAGAGAAACGGUGCACAUGGAGAUCAAGACAACAACAUAGUCAGUCCCCCAGAUCCAGGAUGAUCCAAAACAUGCAGCCCCUCCUUGCAAAAAGAAAAAGAAAAGUGCAGCACUGGGCCAGCUUUUGGGAGACAUAUAUGAAGUGAAAACAGCAGCAACGGCAAUAUCUUCAAAGGCCAAAGCCAGUGCGGUACAGAGAGCAUAUUCCUUUGCCCCUGAAUGACAACCCACUACAGUGGUGGAAAGCACAAGUGGACCUACCACUACUGUCAGCUCAUGCAAAAAAAAUACCUCUGUAUACCAGCCACCAGUGUGGCAUCAGAGAGAGUAUUCAGCACUGCAGGAGACAUUGUCUCAGUACAACACAGUGUACUGCAACAUGAUCAUGUUGAUCAAUUAAUCUUCCUCAAAAAGAAUCUUGACAAGUAAAGGCAUUCAUGAACUUUUCACUAUUUGUGAGAUUACAUGUACGAAUAGUGUUGUACAUAAUCUUGUGAAACUUAUGUUUUGCACAAGUAUAGUUAAGUGAAGGGAAGUGAGUGUGCAAGGAUGCAUUCAGGUUUUGUCUCACAGAAGACUGAAAACAAGAAGUAAAUGAUUGAUAUAAUAAAAAAGUGUUUUAUUCUCCAUUGUUUGUGGAGAUUUUGUAUUGGUCCGUGUUAAAGACCUAGAUGCACAGUUUACAGCAGAACAGCAGCUGCAGUUUAGUUUACUGUGUGGCACUUUAUUGUAUCUUGCACUUAUGUUACUGUGGUGUUACAACACCUGAAACUUUAUGCCCAGCUUGCUUAGGGCUCUCUAUAUUAUUAUUGUUACCUUAACAAACAGCACUACAAAAACAAAGUUGUCGGAAGUAUUUUGUUUUCAUCCUCCUUUGUAUGUUUUUUUUUAAUCUACUUUGUGCCAUUUGUAAACACUGAAUAGUGUUGAAAAGCACUAUUGCACUGAAGUGGUCAAUGUUAAUAUUUUUUCAUAUGAUGCAUUAACAGUCUGAUCUGUUUGAAAAAUAAACAGAAUGACAUUGUUCUGACCUCA